GGGGAGGGGGAUUGUUUUGUUUUGUUUUGUUUUUUUUUGCUUUGUCUUGUGUGUUUUGUGUUUCCUCUGUUUGUUAUAUGUUUCGGCUGGUGGUAUUUUUGGAAAAUAAUUAAUAAAUAUAUAAAUAAAAUAAAAAACAUGAGCGAAUGGCAGAAAUACAGUUGACUAUUCUUGUAAUAUAUAAGAUGUUAAUGUUAAAGCAAAAUGUUUUUAUUUAUAAAUAUUGUUUCAAGUUGUUGUGCAGUGGGGUUUAGAUAAUAAUGUAUGGUCUACACUCCGGAGCGGAAGGUGGCGGUAAUGUGCCAUUAAGCUGAAAAAGAGGUAUGUAGUCUUUGCGCAUGCGCGUACUGAUCCGUCUUCCGGUAGGCCGACCUCUCCUGGAGAGACGCCGAACAUAAUAGUGUUAAGUUCGCGGUAAUUCCUGCUUUUAUGGCGUUGUCUUUAUUUCGUCUAUAUCUUGACAAACUACACGUUAUCGAUUAUUAUACUCGACGCGUCUCAGUAAAUUUUGAAGCGUCUCAGGCUAAGUUAGCUUGUUAGUUAGCUUAGCUGGCUGGCUGCUGACAAAGAGACGCGGAAGUUGUUAACAAACAUCGCUAAACAGCAAAGAUGUGUGAAGUGCAAAUGUUGAGAAUGUUGUGGAAUCAUAGUAAUAAAAUAUUUGUAGUGUUAGAAAACAGGACAGCAGAGUAGGAGGAAGUGUCAACGUCAACAACGACUGGACUUUUCAAGUUGUUACACGGAACAGACGUCUGUGGAAAAACAUCUUCUCCCUGAGCAGCAGGAGCGAUCCUCUAAGAUGGAGCAGGAGCCACAGCCACCCCACAUUAAAAAGGAAGAGGAGGAGCUACAGCUCCCUCAAAUUAAAGCAGAAGAGGAGCCGCACCACUGCCAUAUCAAUAAAGAGUAUGGGCCACAACUCUCUCACUUUAAAAAGGAAAAAGAGGAGGAACUACAGCCCCCUCAAAUUAAAGCAGAAGAGGAGCCGCAGCACUGCCAUAUCAAAAGGGAAUACGGGCCACAACUCUCUCACUUUAAAAAGGAAAAAGAGGAGGAACUCACCCCAGAAUUUAAAAGGGAAGACGACAAGCACCAAAUUAAAGAAGAGGAGGAGUCACCGGCCCCUCAGAUCAAAGUAGAAGAGGCGAAACCAGAGCCACCUUGCUUUAAAGAGAAAGGGUUAACAAAGAAGAGGAUGAGCCACAGCCCCUGCACACUAAAGAGGAAGAGGAGGAGCCACAAAGGCGGAAGUAAGAAGAAGGGAGAGGCGGAGCUUCCAGCUGAUGGAGACCACCAUCUCUUAGCUCCACUCUCAGGUAGUGAGGACACCACCUAUGAUGAUGAUGAUGACUGUAAAUAUAAAACAUGUUCUUACUGUCAUAAACCUUUCAAUAAGCCCAGUCAUCUCAAAAUACACCUGAGAACGCACACUGGAGAGAAACCCUUCGUCUGCUCCAUUUGCAGCAAAGGCUUCUCCCAAAAAGGAAACUUGACAACCCACAGCAAAAUACACACCGGUGAGAAACCCUACAUCUGUUCAGUCUGUGGUAAAGGUUUCGUCCAAAGCAGCGUUUUGAAAGCGCACAUGAAAAUACACACCGGAGACCAACCGUUCUCGUGCUCGGUGUGUAGUAAGAGGUUCUCCCAGAAAGCAGGUCUGGUCAAACACACCAGUGUUCACAGCGAGGAAAAAAACUUUACAUGUUCGGUCUGUGGUAAAGGCUACGUCCAAAAGUGUGACUUGAAAAAACACGUGAAAACGCACACCGGGGACAAACCUUUCAAAUGCCUCGUCUGCGCUAAAGGUUUUGUACAAAAAGGUGAUCUGAAAUUACACAUGAGGACGCACACGGGAGACAAACCCUUCGCCUGCUUCGUUUGCGGCAAAAGGUUCUCCCAGAAAGGAAAUUUGAUGGCGCACGCCAGAAUGCACACCGGGGAAAAACCAUUCACGUGUUCAUUCUGCGGCAGAGGUUUUGCACAAAACUGCGAUUUGAAAGUGCACACCAGAAUACACACCGGUGAGAAAGUGCUGAGUUGCAGCGUGUGUGACGAAACGUUCUCCAGUAAGUACCAGUUUAAGAAACACGGGUGUGCUGGUGGGAAAUGCACUGUCGAAACUUUGACUUGCUAACAUCAAGACUUGUGGUUUUAUUUCAGGCAAGAGUGUGCAUUAAUAUACAAAACCCGUUUCCAUAUGAGUUGGGAAAUGGUGUUAGAUGUAAAUAUAAACGGAAUACAAUGAUUUGCAAAUCAUUUUCAAGCCAUAUUCAGUUGAAUAUGCUACAAAGACAACAUAUUUGAUGUUCAAACUCAUAAACAUCUUUUUUUGUUGCAAAUAACCAUUAACUUUAGAAUUUGAUGGCAGCAACACGUGACAAAGAAGUUGGGAAAAGUGGCAAUAAAUACUGAUAAAGUCAUCAAACACUUAUUGGGAACAUCCCACAGGUGUGCAGGCUAAUUGGGAACAGGUGGGUGCCAUGAUUGGGUAUAAAAGUAGAUUCCAUGAAAUGCUCAGUCAUUCACAAACAAGGACGGGGCGAGGGUCACCACUUUGUCAACAAACGCCUGAGCAAAUUGUUGCACAGUUUAAGAAAACCCUUUCUCGACCAGCUAUUGCAAGGAAUUUCACCAUCUACGCUCCGUCAUAUCAUCAAAGGCUUCAGAGAAUGUGGAGAAAUCACUGCACGUAAGCCGCUAAGCCCGUGACCUUCCAUCCCUCAGGCUGCACCGCAUCAACAAGCCACAUCGGCGUGUAAAGGAUAUCACCACAUGGGCUCGGGAACACCUCAGAAACCCACUGUCAGUAACCACAGUUGGUCGCUACAUCUGUAAGUGCACGUUAAAACUAUCCUAUGGCGUUGAUCCAGAUUUGAAAGGACUGUUGGCGUCGAUAUCAGAGCACAGUCAAAGAGGCAAAAAGAGAACAUUUGGCAAACAUUAUUGCCUCAAAUAGUCUUGACCCUCGUGUUUUAUUCAAAACCAUUGACUCUGUUCUUAAUGCCCCUCAGCCUACAUGUUUGGAACCCUCCUCUGAAUUGUGCGAUGCCUUUUUAAAGUAUUUUAUUGAUAAGAUGGCCACAACGAGGGCUCUCAUCGCUGUUCCGACCUCUGGCCCUUCUGUCCCGUUUAACUACUCUGCUGUUUUUAAUCAGUUUGAGCAAGUGACUCUGCGGCAGUUACAAGAGUUAACCAAUCCUAUGAAGCCCUCAGGUUCCCCCCAUGAUGCUGUCCCUCCUACAUUUUUUAAAGAAGUGUUUCCUUGCACAGGGCAGCCUGUUCUUAACAUUUGAAAUAGCAGUCUGUUUUCUGGCGUGGUUCCUACCAGUUUUAAACACGCCGUGGUUCAACCGCUUUUAAAGGAACCUGGGGCCGUACUUAUCAAGCUUCUUAGAGUGCCAUUUUACACUUAAGUCCUGAGAAUUUGCGAAAUGUAGUCCUACUCUCAAACUUCAGAAUAAAAGCUUUUUAUCAACGUUCUUAAGUCUAAGAAUCACUCCCA